UUUAAAAAUAAACAAUAUUCAUUUUACACAUUUACUUCUUCACAUAUCAAAUUGAUAUUUGAGGUUCUUCGACCACCUAAGAAUUCCAUGGCCACCUCAAAUCCCACCAUGUUUGUGGGAGGAAAUUGCCAUUUUCCUGCAGUUUGGCUUCUUUGGACUCAUAAUGCUCCACAUCCUGAAAAGCUUCCUACCAUUACAGCAUAAAGCUUCAAAGCAGAAAACAACAGUGACAGGAAAGAGCCAAAAACUUAAACUGGGACUCCCCUACAAGUGCGGCAUUGUCUGCUCCGCUCUGUCACUAGCCACUCAUCUACUGCUCUUAUCAGUUCCAGAGAUCAACGGGUUAAAAUCUCGCUGCAAGCGCGAAUUCUUUUUUCUCUCAUCUGAGGUUUUACAAGUAAUAUCAUGGGCAGUCACAUUGCUUGUGUUAUAUAGAACCAGAAAAGAUGUGAAGUUACCGUUGAUCUUAAGAGUCUGGUGGAUUUCCGUCUUCUUGCUGUCUCUGGCACGUGCAGUUGCGACACAUGACUGUGUCGAUAUUGUUGUCUUUAUAACAUCCUCUUGCUUAUUUGGUACUUCAAUUCAAGGGAGGACAAAAAAUAUUCUUGAGACUUCAAAAGGCAUCACAGAACCUCUGCUUGAUGAAAAAGGUUGUUUGGAUGGUAGAAGAGACAGUCUGUACAGUAAAGCAACUCUUCUUCAGUUAGUCACAUUCUCGUGGCUCAAUCCACUCUUUGAAGUGGGAAAAAAGAAACCGCUUGACAAUGAUGAAGUUCCCAAUGUUGAUGCAAUGGACUCGGCCAGUUUUUUAUCUGGGGCAUUUGACGAAAGCCUGAGAUAUGUAAAGGAAAGUGACGGGACGACAAGCCCAUCCAUCUAUAAGGCUAUUUAUGUCUUUUCAAGGAAAAAGGCGGCGAUCAAUGCUUUGUUUGCUGUUAUUAGUGCAUCAACAUCGUAUGUGGGGCCAUACCUCAUUGAUGACUUUGUGACCUUUCUCAGUGAGAAGAAACUCAGAGGCUUACGAAGUGGAUAUCUUCUGGCAUUGGGUUUUCUUGGAGCUAAAAUGGUUGAGACUGUGGCUCAAAGGCAGUGGAUAUUCGGGGCUCGUCAGCUUGGCCUUCGGUUAAGGGGAGCACUAAUAUCCCACAUUUACCAAAAGGGUAUAGUUCUGUCUAGCCAGUCGCGUCAAAGCCACUCAAGCGGAGAGAUCAUCAAUCUAAUGAGUGUUGAUGUUCAGAGAAUCACAGAUUUCAUAUGGUACCUUAAUACAAUCUGGAUGCUUCCCGUCCAAAUAACCUUAGCAAUAUACAUCCUGCAUAUGAAUCUUGGGACGGGCUCAUUUGUGGCAUUAGCGGCAACCAUUAUAGUGAUGACUGUAAACAUACCACUGACUAGGAUUCAGAAAUGGUACCAAACAAAAAUCAUGGAAUCUAAGGAUGAAAGGAUGAAAUCCACCUCGGAAGUUCUCAAGAACAUGAAAACCAUCAAGCUUCAGGGAUGGGACGAUUUCUAUCUUCACAAGCUUGAGAGGUUAAGAAACAUUGAGCAUAACUGGCUCUGGAAAUCACUGAGAUUAUCAGCAUUUUCAGCUUUUGUCUUUUGGGGGUCUCCAACGUUCAUUUCAGUUUCGACUUUUGUUGGAUGUGUUGUGAUGGGAAUUCCACUCACAGCUGGGAGAGUGUUAUCUGCACUUGCUACGUUCCGGAUGCUUCAAGAUCCUAUUUUUAAUUUGCCUGAUUUGCUCUCUGUGAUUGCACAGGGAAGAGUAUCUGCUGAUAGAAUUGCUUCUUACCUGCAAGAAGAAGAGAUUCAACACGAGAUGGUUGAGUUUGUCCAGAAACACGAAACUGAAUUUGGGAUUUUGAUCAAUGAUGGAACUUUUAACUGGAAUACAGUAGAAUCAAGAAUCCCAGCACUUGACGGAAUAGAUUUAGCAGUGAAAAGGGGGAUGAAGGUGGCAGUUUGUGGGACCGUUGGAUCAGGAAAAUCGAGUCUGCUUUCCUGCAUCCUUGGAGAAAUGGUGAAGUUCUCAGGGGCAGUCAAGAUUAGUGGUACAAUGGCCUAUGUUCCUCAGUCUCCUUGGAUACUAACAGGAAAUAUCAGGGAAAAUAUUCUUUUCGGAAAAUCCUAUGAAAGUGACAAGUAUGAGCAAACUGUUGAGGCAUGUGCCCUCAAAAAAGACUUUGAACUAUUUUCUGCCGGUGAUCUAACGGAAAUUGGAGAAAGGGGGAUAAAUAUGAGUGGGGGGCAGAAGCAGCGGAUACAAAUUGCCCGUGCUGUUUACCAGGAUGCUGACAUAUAUCUGCUUGAUGACCCUUUCAGCGCUGUGGAUGCCCAUACAGGCUCACAUCUCUUCAAGGAAUGUUUGAUGGGUUUCCUCAAGAACAAGACCAUACUUUAUGUCACCCACCAAGUUGAAUUUCUUCCCGCCGCUGAUCUCAUUCUGGUAAUGGAAAAUGGCAGAAUAGCACAAGCCGGCACCUUUGAAGACCUUCUAAAUCAUAACAUUGGAUUUGAAGUUCUAGUUGGAGCUCACAACCAAGCUCUAGAGUCAAUCUUGACGGUAGAGAACUCAAGCAGACCAUCAGAAAAUUUGGUCACAAACUGUGAUUUUGACACUGAUAGUAACAUAGAUUCAGAAUUCCCAUACAUUAAGCAAGAUUCAGAACAUAACCUCAGUGUUGAGAUAACAGAGAAUGAUGGAAAACUUGUGCAUGAUGAAGAAAGAGAAAAAGGAAGCAUUGGGAAAGAAGUUUAUUUGUCUUACUUGACUCUUGUAAAAGGUGGCGCUUUUGUUCCCAUAAUCAUUCUAGCUCAAUUGUCUUUCCAAGUUCUGCAGGUGGCUAGCAACUAUUGGAUGGCGUGGGCUUGUCCUAGGGGCAAUGAAGAGCCAUUAACCUCAAAGAUGAAGUCCAUAUUACUUAUAUAUAUACUUCUUUCAGUCGGAAGUGCACUUUGUGUGCUACUCCGAGCCACAUUAUUGGCUACGACAGGGCUUCAGACUGCAGAAAAACUGUUUAGAAACAUGUUGCACAGCAUUCUUCGUGCACCUAUGGCAUUCUUUGAUUCUACUCCCACUGGAAGAAUUUUGAAUCGGGCAUCUACAGACCAAAGUGUGCUUGAUUUGGAGAUGGCAGGCAAGUUAGGGUGGUGUGCUUUUUCAGUGAUUCAGCUUCUUGGCACAGUUGCAGUCAUGUCACAGGCAGCAUGGGAAGUGUUUGUCAUCUUCAUCCCUGUAACGGCAAUCUGUGUCUGGUAUCAGCAAUACUACAUACCAACUGCAAGAGAAUUGGCUCGUUUAGCAGGAAUAGAAAGAGCUCCUAUUCUUCACCACUUUGCAGAAUCACUCUCAGGAGCAGCGACAAUUCGUGCAUUCGGCCAAAAAAAACGUUUUUUUGAUGCUAACCUGUGUCUCAUCGACAACCAUUCAAGGCCAUGGUUUCACAAUGUGUCAGCUAUGGAAUGGCUUUCUUUCAGACUGAAUCAGCUUUCUAAUUUUGUCUUUGCUUUCUCUCUGGUUUUGCUCGUUACACUUCCUGAAGGAUUCAUAGACCCAAGCAUUGCAGGACUGGCAGUAACAUAUGGCAUAAACUUGAAUGUGUUGCAAGCGACGGUUAUAUGGAACAUUUGCAAUGCAGAAAAUAAAAUGAUAUCAGUAGAAAGGAUUCUACAGUACUCUAAUCUAGCCAGUGAGGCGCCUAUGAUAAUUGAAGAUUGCAGACCUCCAAACAACUGGCCAGAAACUGGAUCAAUUUUAUUCAAGAAUUUGCAGAUACGCUAUGCCGAACAUCUCCCUUCUGUGUUGAAGUACAUUACCUGCAACUUUCCAGGGAGAAAGAAAAUUGGUGUUGUUGGAAGGACUGGAAGUGGAAAAUCAACCCUGAUUCAGGCCAUUUUUAGGAUUGUUGAGCCCAGAGAGGGAAGCAUUAUCAUUGAUGAUGUGGAUAUAUGCAAGAUAGGCCUUCAUGACUUGAGAUCAAGACUUAGCAUUAUUCCCCAAGAUCCGACUCUUUUUGAGGGAACCGUUAGAGGAAACCUGGACCCCAUAGAAAAAUAUUCCGAUACUCAAAUCUGGGAGGCUUUGGACAAAUGUCAACUAGGUGACAUCAUUCGGGAAAAGACUGAAAAGCUGGAAUCUACAGUGGUUGAAAAUGGAGAGAAUUGGAGUGUGGGACAAAGGCAACUUCUCUGUCUAGGAAGAGCCUUGUUGAAGAAGAGCAGCAUCCUAGUUCUGGAUGAAGCAACGGCAUCGGUUGAUGCUGCGACCGAUGCAUUGAUCCAGAAAGUUAUCAGUCAAGAGUUCAGAGAUCGGACAGUGGUCACUAUAGCCCACAGGAUCCACACGGUCAUCGAUAGUGACCUUGUCCUGGUCCUAAGUGAAGGUAGAGUAGCAGAGUUUGACUCACCAGCAAAGCUAUUGGAAAGGGAAGACUCUUUCUUCUCAAAGCUGAUAAAGGAGUACUCCAUAAGAUCGAAAACUUUAACAACUCAGCCAUGUUAGGAAGUCUGGUUCGAAUUUGCAUCAAAUAAAGUAGUGUACAUUGUUGUGCUGCUGUGCGACCUCGAGGUCACGAGUUCAAUUUCUCGGAGAAUGUAUAUCCUUUAAUAUCAACUCAACAAUCCAAAUAUGUUGUGUCCAUAACAUUCAAACACUAUGAACCAAAUGAUGCCCUUAUAAGUUCAGUGGCAUUGAAUCAGAAUAAAAUUGAGCCCUCAAGCACAUAUGCAGGGUGGGUGGCCAAAUUAGUAUUCCUAUUUUACAGAUUCAACUUUCUCUUUUUAGAUAUAAUUCUCCGAGAGGAUAUUAUUCUAAUGAGGCAAUGGUUUGUUUCACAUCAUCUCUUUUUCUUCAACAUCGAAUUCAACAAAGGAACAGUAACUUAAUCGGAAUGAAACUGCAUUUCGAGCAAGGGUAAAUAUACCUUCCUCUGUAAUAAUCCGGAUGUUCCUUGAUCAUUUUCCACGGCUGAAAUCACUGUCGGAAGGAAACGCCGGCGAGUUCCUUCUCUUUGCCGGUAGAGGAGAUCUCUGUACAUGGGUUGGGCUUGUAGCUUAAUUAACUUCCAACUCCUUU